UUAGCACUUUUAGCUUGCCUGAUUUUAUCUUUUUCAGUACCAUCUCUUGCCUAUGGGAAGAAAACAACAUGGCCACCACUUAGAGUAGGUUUCUACAGAUAUAGAUGUCCUCCUGCUGAAGAAAUUGUGAAAAAUGUUGUAUACAAAGCCGUAUCGCGUAAUCCAGGCAUUGCUGCUGGCCUUAUCAGGCUACAUUUUCACGACUGCUUCGUCAGGGGGUGUGAUGCAUCAGUACUAUUGGAUGGACCAAACUCAGAGAAGGAAGGUGUUCCCAACAAGAAUAGUUUACGAGGUUUCGAGGUUGUUGAUGCAGCAAAAGCACAACUUGAGGAUGCAUGCCCCGGAACUGUAUCCUGUGCUGACAUUCUUGCCUUUGCUGCUCGGGACAGUUCCUAUAAAGUUGGGAAUAUAUACUAUGAUGUCGAAGCUGGACGUCGUGAUGGUAGAGUUUCCAUUGACUCUGAAACAUUGGCCAAUCUUCCUUCUCCAUUUGUCGACGCCAAGGAACUCAUCAAGAACUUUGCCAGAAAAGGUAUGUCCGCUGAUGAAAUGGUGACCCUAUCUGGCGCGCAUUCCAUUGGCAUUGCUCACUGCGCUGUUUUCGCUAAUCGCCUUUACCCUCAAAACAACCAACAAAAUCUGCCAAUUGAUCCUGAAUACGCCAACUUCUUGAAGUCCAUUUGCCCACCAGAGGCACUCACAAACGGGACAGGAGUCACGAACCCUGCAAAUCUUGAUGUCCUGACACCAAACAGGUUGGAUAACAAAUACUACGCUGCGUUAAAGAGUAAAAAGGGGCUGUUGAUUUCUGAUCAGGGGUUGCUGGCCAAUCCUACAACUGCUAAAAUGGUGAACUUCAAUGCAAGAUAUGGUUCA